AUGGCCCAGUCCCCUCCUCUUCAGAACCUCCCGGGCCACGACCACUGGAUCUUCCCACAAGGUUGGGGCUGGGCCGGCCACUCCGACUCCACGUCUCCGGCCUCCUCCUCGGACUCGUCGGGCUCGUGCCAUUGGGACGGCGCCCGCAUGCCCCCGCAGCCCGCGCCCCCGGCCCGCAGCGCCCAUGCCGCAGAGGCCGCCCCGACGGCGCCGCGACGUGUGCGCUCCGGACCCGCCGGCGGGCAGCGGCAGAGCGCCAGCGAGCGCGAGAAGCUGCGCAUGCGCACGCUGGCCCGCGCGCUGCACGAGCUGCGCCGCUUUCUGCCGCCGUCCGUGGCGCCCGCCGGCCAGAGUCUGACCAAGAUCGAGACGCUGCGGCUGGCCAUCCGCUACAUCGGUCACCUGUCGGCCGUGCUCGGCCUCAGCGAGGAGAGCCUGCAGCGCCGGCGCCAGCGGUACACUGACGCGCCGCUCCCUCGGGGCUGCUCGCUCUGCCCCGACGGCGGCACCACGCAGGCGCAGACGCAGGCGCAGGCGCGCGGCCCGGGCUUGGCCUCAGCCACCCGCGCCGUGGCGUCCUGGGCAUUCCCGCCAGCCUGCCCCGAGGCCCCGGCGGCGCCCGAGGUCCUGGGGAACAGGAUCCCUGACAUGGGUCCCUGGGUGACACCGCCUGACUGCCCUGGGAUGCAGUCGCCCACACAUCUGUCCCAAGGGAGAGCCCGCGACGCGGCCCUUUGGACGCCGCCUCAAGUCUUUUCGGGAACGCAGACGUCCCCAGAGUCCAGGAACUACGCCACGCCCUGGACGCCGUCCCCCUCGGCCGGGGAGCUGGCUGCAGUGUACCAGGGUAUCUCUGUGUCUCUGGAGUCCUGUCUGUUGCCAGAAAUCCCACCCCUCCUGCCCCACCCAGCAUGCCAGAGACUCCAGCCUCAGACCCAGUGGGGAUGCUGGAGCCGCAGUGCAGAGGUGCUCCCCAGCUCAGAGGACCAGGGACCAGGCCCUGCCUUCCAGCUCAGUGAUGAAAGCCCUCCCCAGAGCUCAGGCCUGCGUCUCAGUGGCUGCCCUGAACUUUGGCAAGAAGAUCUGGAGGGGCCCCACCUGGGCAUCUUCUACUAAUGGCCUUGCCUGCCUCCUUUUCAGCCAGGAAUCAGACCUGUCAUAUGGAGCACCCUCCUCAGUUUCUACUUCAGUGGUUUUCAAGCUUUCCUUUAGCCAAGGAUCCCUUUUCCAAGUGAUGUCUUUCAUGGAAGCAGUGUUGAAACAAAUAGUGGAUGGCCUCCCCGGCUGCGAUCGGGGCUGAGGCAGUGCCCUCUACUCCUAGACACCCCCCAGAAGGACUGAUGCUCUGUAGACACAGCCUGAGCUACAGUAAGGUGGUGCUUGACCACGAAGUUGGCCAGGCUGGGACUGGUGGGGAGUGGGUUCAG